CAUAAAUAUAUGUAGAAAUUAAUCUAUAAAUUUUCAACAGGACUCUUUUCAGUCAGAAAUCAUGAAAAAAUUAAGGGACUUGCUAUAGCUGAAUUAAAUAAUCCAUAAAAAAAGAAUGCCUUAUCAAAAUAAUUGUUAGUUGAGAUGAGACAGUCGAUAAGCGAGCUUGCAGCAUCAAAAAAUAUAAAUUGCGUCAUAUUAAGGUCAUCAACAGCAGGUACUUUUUGUGCAGGUGCAGAUUUAAAAGAGAGAAUAGGAUUAAGUAAUUUUGAGACAGAAUUGGUGGUGAAGAAUUUGAGAGAGACAUUUAAUUAAGUUGCUAAUUUGCCCCAGCCAGUAAUUGGAGUCAUAGAUGGAUUUGCGCUUGGAGGAGGCUUAGAAUUAGCAUUAGCUUGUGAUUUAAGAAUUGUAACAAAAUCAUCAAUAUUGGGAUUACCUGAAACAGGUUUAGCAAUAAUACCUGGAGCGGUAAAUUAUCAUAUUAUGUAAAAGGGUGGAACCUAAAGAACCCCAAGAGUUAUCGGAGUGGCUUUGGCAAAGGAAUUAAUUUUCACAGGAAGGAGAUUAAGUGCUGAAGAAUCAUUAUAAAUAGGAUUAGUUAAUUAUGUAGAGGAAGACGGACAAUAAGCAAACAAUAGAGCUGAAGCUAUUGCAUCUUAGAUAUUGUAGAAUGUAUUUUUUAGUAAUAAUGAAGGGUCCAAUAGGAGUGAGAGCAGCUAAGGCAGCUAUAAAUAGAGGAAUGGAAGUAGAUAUUGAGAGUGGAUUAAAAAUUGAGGAAUAAUUAUACUAUCAAGUUUGCCAUAGUUAGGAUAGAUUAGAAGGGUUGAAAGCAUUUGGAGAGAAGAGAAAGCCAUAAUAUAAAGGAGAAUGAGUAUAAUAAUAUUAUCUUUAUUAUGACGAUGCC